AUGGAAGGGGGAAUUGCUGCCGGGCCACCUGUCGGGGCACCCGUCGGCCUCGUGCUGCCUCAAGAUGAACUGAAACUGUACGAGAAUUUUUGCCCUCCCCGCUCACCGUUCUUUAAAACAAAAAGAAAGAUAAUCUAUCCAACGUAUGUCUUUAUUGUUGUUGCCCACCUUUCCUAUCUUCGUCCUUGCGCCUUCUCCAUUUGGUGGCCGCCUUUCAAGCUUAUACUCAUUGUCGACCAGAUGUUCGCGGCGGCAGGCGGCCAUGGUGGCUUCGGUGGCGGCUUCGGUGGCGGCUUCGGCCGUGGAGGUCGAUUCGGUGGCUGCGGUGGCAGCGGCGGCAGCAACGGUGGCGGCAGACGUGGCGGCAACGGUGGCCGGUGGGGUGGUGGCAGCAGGCGUCACCCCGCCGGUGGGAUCGGGAAGAGUGGCCCCGGCGGCGGUGAUGCCGGCAAGAUCAACCGCCUGCGCCGGCAGGCAAACCUCCUCGUCCGUCUUGGGGCCUUGCGGCGGGAGGUGGAGGAGGCCGAGCAGCAAUUGGCCGAGCUGCGGGAGUACGACCGCGCCAUUGAGCGCGAGGAGCAGCGACGGGCGACGGCAGUAAGCGGCGACAACGGCGACGGCGGCAACGGCAACAACGGCAACGGCGACAACGGCGACAACGGCGACAACUUACAGGCUAUGGUGGCAGCUGCGGUGGCAGCAGCAGCAACUAACAACAGCGGCAACAACAGCGGCAACCUCGGCGGUAGCAACGGCGGCAACCUCAGCGACAGCAACAGCAACGGUAGCGGCAAUGGUGGCAACGGCGGCGACGACGACAGCGACGACGACGAUGGUGGCGUCAAUAUAGGAGAAGCGGAAAUGUAG